UUCUUUCUUUCUUUCUUGCUUUCUUUCUUUUUGCGCUCUGAAACAACAACGGCCCAACGGCUGUUGCGCUUGUGCGGCUGUUUUGUUGUUUCGGUGAUUUCCUCGCACCUCCAAAACAAUUUCCUUGGCCAUGGCAAGCGGCGACGCCACCGAGAAGCUCUUCGAGCGCGAGGAGAAUGACGGCGCGCGCGAUGCGCAGAGCACCGCGUCGGCGGUGUCUCGCGGAGAGCGCCAGGAGACAACCUGCACGGCGGGCUCCGGCACCUUCAGUGCCUCCUCGUCCGACUUCCCCUUCGAGGGUGUGCCGGGGCUGGACUCGUCCUCCAGCUCUUCGCAAGAGAGCCGGGCCUUCAACACAAAGGCGGCCCACGAGCAGGGCACCUGCAGAGCCUGCCGAUUCUUUCAGCUUCACACCGAUGGCUGUCGAUUGGGCGCUGCCUGCAAGUUCUGCCAUUUCUGCUCGAAGGAAGAGGCGAAGGCAGUGCGUUUGCACUACAAGUACGAAGACCGCCGUUCGAAGAGACGCCAUGGUUUGCGGAAGCGCUAGCUUUGCCACAGGCAGGCCAGGCUCAGAGCGACGGCAAGUCGCUUCAGCCUCCCCUGACGGCCUGGCGGAGAAUGAUUUUGCGGGUUUGUGUUUCUGGGUA